ACAGAGUGAGAGAGAGAGAUAGAGAGAGAGAUAGAGAGGGAGAGGGAGAGAGAGGGGAGGAGGAACUGUUGCUGUGCAUUAAGCGCUGAACUGAGCUCGUCUCAACACACUUCUCUGCGCACACAGAGGAGAGAGAGAACAAAGAAGAAAGCAAGAAAGCGACAGAGCCAGAAAGAGGAGAGAGAGAGAGAGCAGAGAGAGAGCGAGAGAGCGCGCAGGCCUAAAGAGAAGAAAAGAGUGGUAUGGCUCAGGGUUCAGACAGUAAUGAUACUGGCUACACCAAAUCUCCAUCACCAGGACACAAACAGGGAUCAUCAGAGGAUAUGAGGAAAGUAAUGAGGAGGGAGAAGAAUCGCAUCGCGGCUCAGAAGAGCAGGUUGAGACAAACGCAGAAAGCAGACAAUCUGCAUCUGGAGAGUGAGAAUCUGGAGAAGGAGAACGCUGCUCUGAGGAAGGAAGUGAAGAGACUGACGGAGGAAGUGAAGUAUCUGUCCACGGUGCUGAGUAACCACGAGCCGCUGUGUCCCGGCCUGAGUGCCCCGUCCGCAGACCUGCUGUACGGCUCACACACACACACACCUUUCCACCAGCACAUCAACACGCACUACCCACUCUGACCUACACACACACACACACACACACACACACACACACACACACACACACUCACUCACUGUGUGUACUUUGUUGUAUCAUGUUGAGAGUGUAUCCUGUGUUGUGCACUCCCACCAGCAGGGCGGCGCUAUUAUCCAAUUCAUUCACUUACUACAGGCUGAAUCCCUAACGGAUAUAUUAGGGAAGAUUAUUUAUACCCUAAUUAGGGUGUCAGGGACUGAAUUAAACUUAUGAGCCAUUUGGGAUUCAACCUUGGCGAAUAAUUCGUCUUCAAUUCAUUUUUAAUUGUUUAAUUAAUUUUAUUAGGAACGAGAUAAACAAUGGAUACGCAAUGUGAAAAUACAGCGCACUACAAAAGGGUGCUAAAGUUGCUAGUGCACUUAAUAGAUAUCUCGAAAGUCAGCUAGCACCACGUUGACCAGCAGGGCGGCGCUAAACUUACACAUUUGGUCAUAAAAGUCUGAAUCCCUAAUGGCUCAUUCUCAAAAGUGUCAUUUCACACCCUAUGUAGUGCACUUAUAUAGGGAGUAAGGAGCAAUUUGAGAUCCAGCCCUAGCAGUUAAUAUGAGCAUUUGAAAGCCUAGAAUGCAAAAUGUGGACACGUAGGGCACUACAUAGGGAGUUAUAUAAACUAUGUAGUGCGCAUAAAUCUAAAGUCCCUAUUGAUGUGUUAUUUCAAACCCUAUGUUGUGCACAGGGAGUAGGGGUCCACACGAAUCCUCAGAGCUCAAUUCAAAAUGGCUUCCUAAGAGACAUGAAGUGCACUAGAUAGGGUGUAGGAACCAUAUAGAGAGUAAUGAACUGAAUCUUAGAUAUAUAGUGCACUGGUUACAAAUCAGAAUCCUAAAUCGCCCCUCUAUUGGACAUGUAGUGCACUAGGAAGUGUGUAGGAGCCAUUAUGCACUAUGUAGUUCACUACUGUACUGAUUAGGGAACCAAAUCCUUGAGUAUGUCCUACAAGAAUGUAGAAAUUUGGCUCCUACACCCUAGUUAGUGCACUUACUGUAUAGAGGGUAUUUAUGGCUGAGUCCCUACAGGACAUGCAGUACACCCGUGAAAGCAGGGAGGGAGGGAGGGGGAGUUAUUUGGGACACAGCCAUGAUUAUUGAUAGUUAUUAUGGUGAUAAUGAUGCUGUACAAACACUGAAUUAUCCACAAGGUUACCUGCACUUAACAUAAACAUUUUUUUAAAAAAGCAAAACAAAUAAAAUGUUAAAACAUUUUACGGGAGGAAUAUUUUACCGCAACAUUUUCUUUAAUAUUGCUUUUUAAUUUUCUUUUUUUUGUAUAUUUUUUUUUUACAUUUUCAAAUGACGUACUGAAUGUUUACUAUGUUUACUUCUGUCCAGAUCACAUUGAUUUUCUGUCACAUGUCUCACUCGAGUCUUUUUCAAUAAAAUGCUGUAAAAGUGUCUCAGAAGUGUGCUGAGGAGGUCAGCGUGUGGUUUAAUAAAGUGUAAUCCUCAGUGAAGGAAAUCUUUCAAUAAAAAAACUAAAUUAUACACACAAA